AUGUGGGCGGAGGGAUGGGCUGCGUCCUGCAGCCUGCUCCUCCUCCCAGCCAUCUCUCUGUGGACACUGCGGGCGGGAUUUGGCUACCAUGGGGCAACGCUCUGUUUCCUCAACAUGUUGGUGCCGUUAUUUGCCGCGUGUGCACUGUGGCUGCGCUCCACAAGACUGGCUCAGAAAUACAUAAAGUAUGUGGGACAUCACUGCAGCCGUGGAGAUGAAGCGCGUGGGCUCGCUGCUGGUGCCUCCCGGAUAUCGCCUGUACUGCCGGCAGUUUUAUCAUUGAUAAUGUUCCUGUAUACAUUUUGGCAUGCCAUUGCGGUGGUUCUAUUCCUGCUUAUAGAAACAGGGAUAUGGAAGCAAUAA